AUGCCCACCCGCGCAGAAACCUGUUACUUCGGCGCCGGCCCGGCCGCCCUGCCAACUUCGGUCCUCGAAACCGCCUCGGCCUCGAUCCUCAACUUCGAGAACUCGGGCGUGGGCGUGAUCGAGCAAUCGCACCGCUCGGCCUCCUCGACCAACAUCAUCUCGACGGCGUGCGCGCACCUGGCCUCGCUGCUCAACGUCCCUCGAACCUACACGGUGCUGUGGAUGCAGGGCGGCGGCACGACGCAGUUCUCGGCCGUGGUGUACAACCUCGUCGGCUACUGGCUCGCCGGCGCAAAGGCCGAGUACCUCGUCACUGGCAGCUGGUCGAAGAAGGCGGCCGAGGAGGCCGCGAGGCUGCUCGGUGACGAGCAUGUCGCCAUCGCGACCGACUCCAGGAAGGCCAGAGAGAACAAAAAGUUCGGACACAUCGCCCCCGAGGGCAGCUGGACGCUGCAGGAGAUGGAGAAGAGCAUCUUCUCGUACUACUGCGACAACGAGACGGUCGACGGCGUGGAGUUCCCCGCGUUUCCCAAGGCGCUCGAGGGCCGCCUGGUGGCGUGCGAUAUGAGCUCCAACAUCCUCUCGCGCCGUGUGGACGUCGAGAAGUACGGCAUCAUCUUUGCCGGCGCCCAGAAGAAUGUUGGUGGUGCGGGAGUGACGCUGGUUGUGGUGCGCAACGAUAUCCUGCAGAAGCAGCCGAGCGUCGAUACCCUGCGGAAGCUGGGUAUGCAGAUCCCCCCCGUGAUGAUGCACUACCCCACGCUCACCACCGCCGGCUCGCUCUACAACACGCUGCCGAUCUUUGAGGUGUACAUCUGCCGCGAAGUGAUGGCGGGCAUCCUGGAGCGCGGCGGACUCGAGGCGCAGGAGAAUGCGAGCGCGGAGAAAGCGAACAUGCUCUACGACGCCCUCGAUCAGGGAGGCAUCUACCGUGUUGUUCCCGAGAAGACGGUGCGCAGCAGGAUGAACAUCUGCUUCCGUAUCGACGGCGGGGAGGAGGUCGAGAAGGCUUUCUUGAAGGGUGCCGAGGCGAAGGGCCUCACCGGGCUGAAGGGUCAUCGCAGUGUGGGUGGUCUCAGAAUCUCGAACUACAACUCGAUACCGAAGGAGGCGGCGGAGAAGUUGGUGGGGUACAUCAACGAGUUUGCGCAGGGACGGCAGUAG